AUGCCCUCUCUGUGGAAUCUUUAUCUCGUCUUCUCCCUCGCCUCGCCUCUCCCGCCUCACGUCGCUGCUUCAACCGGGGAAGAUGUCAAGGGAACGCCACAGCCAGACCCAGACACAAUCUCACAGGGUCUCACGAAGCCCUCACAGAGCCCUCGUGGACCCGACGUCCUGCCUUUCCAUUCUACGUUGGGUCCAAAAACAGCCGAGAUCCUGUCCCUGCCUCUGAGUUGGCCCACGUCGUCAUCUGAGGAGGCUGACAGACAAGGAGUCAUUGGGGAAUACGCCGAUAUGCAAGACACUUCAGAGAUAUAUUCGUCGAGAAGUGAACAAGUGUUCCCGCCACUCGGCACGACAGAGAGAGCCACGGAGGUCUCUACUUCCAAGGAGGAUGCCAGACUAAUAAGAGCUUCAUCAGAGAAAAAAACAGGCCAAGAGCCAGCUCCUCGAUAUGAGCCAGCCAAGACCAGUACGUGGGACAUGCAUGGCCCUGCACAGCACACCACACAGACGGGAACGGGUCAGCCCACCCUCCCAGCCCCACAGAACGACACCUUUCAUGGCCCAGAACACGUUCUCCUCUCUGACACACCUUCAGCAUACAGGCCGACCUCCGAAACUUCAACACUCUCUACUGGAUCCAGGCCACUUUCUGGAGCCUUUACUCCUCCACUAGAAAAGGACAAGUUGGGUGGCCAGACCACGGGGUCUUGGGUCACUAUGCAGGGAGGGCUGCAAAAAGAGGAUAACCUACAGAGAGGAAAUGAAGAUGGGAUGCACAAUUACACAAAUGGUCGGUUACACGGAGGAAAUGACAGCAGUAAGACGGAGAAAGACUGGCUUCCAGCUGAAGAGGAGCAGGACUCAGAGGGCAGUGGGAUGUUCUCUCACCCAGACUGUAGCACAGACCCUACCGCCAAGCCCUGCAAGACCGAAAACCAAUCCUGCACUCCCACUUACCCGGAUGACUUCACAUCUGACGAAUCCCUGCACCCUGCUACGGCCCUCAGCCCUCCACUCUUUGUCCCUCUGUACACAGACUGGAACUCUGCCCUUGCUACAUGGGGACUCGCCUGGGAAGCACAUAUCUAUGGCCUGGGCUCCAUCUUCGCUGUGUUUGGCUUCAUGUCUGUUAUCUGCUUGUUAGGCCUGCCCCUGCGUUGCCCCCCAGGAGUCCCUUAUUUCACCCUGCUGCACCUGUUCCUCCUUGCCUUCGGAGGGAUGCGCGCAUUCUCCCUGCUUUAUGAUGCCUAUGGUUACCAAGACCGCCUUCCACCCCUGUGCUCCCUCCUCCUCUCUGAGCUGCCCUUCCCCUGCCUUACCUCAGCCUUCUCCCUGGCCUUCCUCCUUCUUUCCCUACACUCACGCAUGUCUCUAUCCCUCACCACCUCCUCGCCCGGCUUGCCCAGACCGUGCCUCCUGUUCUGCCUCUCCCUGCUGCAUUUUGGGCUCUCUCUGGGCUGUGUGGGCCUCUUGGAAUUCCUAAAAAUCUUCCCUGUCCUCCUCCUCCUCAUCCCGCAGGGCUUGUUUGUGUGCCUCUCAAUCCUUCUGUCAUGCUCCCACCUCAUUUACUACUGCUUUGUCCGAGCGGACACGAAACACAUCUACAGGCUGAAUGACAGUGGCGAGGAAGGCGGGUCUCCUGAGGUGAUGCGUCCUUCAGGUUGUCCCUUUGCCAAGGUGGAGGACUGGGGGAGGGCAGCAGGGGCUGGUGUAGGAGCCUCCCUGUGUUUGUUAGGGUGUGGAGGGCUGCAGCUCUAUGGAAUCCUUCAUGCCCUUGGUCUGGGUGGAGUCAGUGAUUAUGGGUUCCAGCCCUGGCCAUGGUGGGGCUACCAGGUGGGCUGUAGGGCCUGUGAGGCAGGGGUGUGUCUGGGUCUAUUACUCAUUGGUACACAGCCAUUAUUCUGUCACACUAAGACUUCCAUCAAGGCUAUGGCUCAUCCUCGGCCAGGGUCUUGGUCCCGUUUGUCCUGCGGCUCUCCCUCUGGAGGGCCAUCCCUGCCCCUUCAGCCAGCAGAAAAGCCUCCUGUCCUCCCUUCUAACUGUACUUGGUCCCGAGGCAAGCAGGAAAAGCUAGUUCUCUGUGAAGUGAUCACUAAGGGAAAAUCCGAAGUUCUUCCUCUUUGCUCAAUGGUUGACCCGCCUCAAAACGGACUAGACUCUGUUCCCCGUCCUAGCCACACCAUGAUCUCUGUAAUCCCACUACCUACACCCCCUGACCCGCCAUAUAGACCUAAAUGUGGUGUUGAAUCUCAGCUGUCCUCACUUGAUAGCCUGGGUCUGGAUACAGACUCUACAGUAGACCUGCGCCCCCCAUCUCCCAUCGAUUUGUCUCGAAGCAUUGACCAGGCCUUGUUCAGCGAGGCUCUUUUCGCUCAAAGCCUCUUUGGUCCAUCAGGGCUGCACCAGGCCUCAUCCAGCCUUUCUUUAAACUCUCCCAGCCGAGGUACUUCAAAACAAGGCUACAGCUCUUUGGAGAGCGCCUUUUACCGAACAUCCUCCUGUGGGGACCUGGAUCAGGACAACCCUCUGGCCAAGUCACGACCUUCCCAGCAAGGUGGCACGCUCUCAUGCCAGGGCGAGCAUUCCCCAUCACCUGAGCGAUGGAGCUGGAAGCAAAGUACCUCGGGCUCGUUGUGCCAGGCCUCUAUAAACGGAUCCUCCCAGGGCCUCUGCUGCAGCCCCAGGGAAACAGGGACGACGUGUUCAAAUUCUCGGGUCAACAAAGGGCAGAACUUUGCCCAAAACAGUCUUCCACGAGCGAUACCCCACCUGCCUUAUCAAAGGCGUUACCGAACCCUGAGUUUAGCCUCCCAGGACAGCCAGGGAUCUGGCAGACUGGCAGGGACUGAACAGUUGAGUGAAAGCAAACAGCUGGAACAGGACCUGGCUGUACAAGCAGAAUUUAUAAAUGUUUGCCGACAAAUUGACGCCCUGAGCGUAUGCAGCGACACUAUUGAACUGUAG